AUGAAUAUCAUCAAGGUAGCAGCAGUUUUGAUCUCGAUCUCGGCGGGAGCCACUGCUCAAGACUACAAUGCUCCACCUCCGAAUCUCGCGGAUCUACCCCCGCUGUCUUUGUUUGAGACUUGGAGGCCGCAUACCCAUGUGCUGCCACCCAACGGCCAGAUCGGCGACCCAUGCGCGCACUAUAAUGAUCCUGAAACAGGGCUCUUCCACGUCGGGUUUCUCCACAAUGGUACCGGGAUCGCCGGUGUUCUGACGGAUGAUUUAGUCCAUUUCUACGAUGUCAACCCUAAUGGUGGCUAUUCAAUCGUAGCUGGCGGUCCCAAUGACCCCCUUGCCGUUUUCGAUGGUUCGGUCAUCCCAUCUGGAGUUGACGGCGAACCGACACUUUUAUACACCUCGGUCUCGGCAUUGCCAAUCCAUUGGACGCUUCCUUAUAUCCGAGGAAGCGAAUCGCAGUCUCUGGCGGUCACCUACGACGGUGGACAAAACUUCUCCAAGCUAGAAAUUCCACCUGUUAUCCCAGAACCCCCAGAGGGCCUGGAUGUAACGGCUUUCCGCGACCCUUUUGUUUUUCAAAAUGGACCACUCGACGAAAUCCUUGGCAACACAGAUGGUACUUGGUACACAAUCGUUUCAGGCGGGGUCAAGGAGAUUGGACCUGGCCUGUUCCUCUACCAGAACACUAGCCCCGACUUUGAGCAGUGGGAGUAUCUUGGAGAAUGGUACCAUGAACCGGCCAACUCAACAUGGGGCAAUGGUGACUGGUCAAAAGUAUUCGGCUACAAUUUUGAGACUAGCAACGUCUUCGGCCUCGACAGAGAAGGAUACAGCCACAACGGCAGUCCUUUCAUGACCAUUGCAGUAGAGAGCUCAUACGUGCCCAUUCAGCCCUCAAUCUCCUCGCUACAUGCACAGCUUUGGGCAGCAGGGUCAAUCUCAAUUCCCGAGGGUGAAAACGUGACAUUCGUCCCUGAUAUGGUGGGUGUCCUUGACUGGGGCUUGGCGGCCUAUGCAGCAGCAGGCAAAGUCCUACCCGCGUCCUCCCAAGCGUCUACCGCUAGCGGUGCCCCGGAUCGUUUUAUAAGCUAUGUAUGGUUGACUGGGGAUGUUUUCGGAGGAGUUGUGGGCUUCCCAUCGGAGCAACAAGGAUGGCAAAACACAUUGUUGACGUCGCGCGAGUUGUACAUCAAAGCCAUCCCGAACGUGGUCAACAACCGUCUUGUGAAUGAGAUUGGCUCGUGGCGUUUGGCCGCUUCCUCACCCUCCACGGGCAAAUGCGUCAAACUGGAAACACUCGGAAUCGACAUCGCGCGGGAGCCGUACAACGCUAUGAAGGCUGCCCCUAGCUUCACUGAGCCAGACCAAACUCUUACAAGUUCGGGUAUAAUCCCGUUCGGUCGCUCCCCGGAAACAAAGUUCUUUAUUCUUGAGGCUGAGAUCGACUUCCUUGCACGUUCGUCCGACCUGCAAGCCGGUUUCCAGAUCCUGGCAUCCGAUUUGGAGUCAACCACCGUUUAUUAUCAGUUCUCCAACGAGUCCAUCAUGAUUGAUCGUUCUGAAACGAGUGCUGCUGCAAACACAACCACCGGCAUCGACAAGUCACCGGAGUCGGGGCGUCUUCGUCUAUUUGACAUCAAUGACUGCUGUGGCGCCGAUUGCGGCCAUUGUGGCCAUGGCGGCCACGGGUGUGGUCACAAGGGUAAGCAUGGUGAACCUUAUUCGACUAAAUGCAAGUCCGAAAUUUCAUCGGAAAGUCAUGCCCACAACUCCUCAUCGAAUGGGGUCUGCGAGGAUCGCAUCGAGACUCUCAGCCUGACCAUUUUGGUCGACAACUCUGUCCUGGAGGUAUAUGCCAACUCUCGCUUUGUGCUGUCUACCUGGGUCCGGCCUUGGUAUCAGAACUCGACUGGGAUUCGGUUCUUCCAGAAUGGGGAGGGUGAAGUAUCUUUCAGCAACAUUCGCGUUGCUGACGGGCUGUACGAUGCUUACCCAGACAGAUCUCAGUAA